AUGGCAGCCCUUGCGCCUAUCAUCAGCAGCUUCUCGCUCAUUUUUGGAGGCUGUUGCGCCAAUGUCUAUUGUUUGGAAGCCAUCGUUAAACAAGAACCUGACAGCGGCCUUCUGAUCACGCUUUUCCAGUUUGUUUUUACAUGUCUGUCGACAUUGCACUACCAGUUUGACCCAAAUGGCCGCUAUUACUUACGAUCAUCACCGGUACCAUUUCGUAAAUGGGUUACCAGUGCCCUAUUAUUUUUUACGGUCAACAUGUUGAACAACUGGGCAUUUGCAUUCAACAUCUCCGUUCCUGUUCACAUCAUCCUUAGGAGUUUCGGUAGUGUGACUACGAUGGCUGCGGGCUACUUCCGUGGGAAGAAGUACACUCCGUUGCAGAUCUUCUCCGUUGCAGUUCUGACUCUGGGCGUGAUGGUGUCCGCAUGGGCAGAUGCGUCAUCAAAAGGCAAAACAAAAACGACCAACGCGGAUCCAAACAAAGCGUCUUUCGAGGCUGGACUGUUCGUACUCCUCGUGGCUCAGUUACUUUCCGCGUAUAUGGGUGCCUACGUCGAGGACGUUUACCGCGACCAUGGCAAAGAUUGGAAAGCUAACCUGUUCUACUCGCAUCUACUAUCCAUCCCAAUGUUCGCAGCCUUCGCGCCCGCUCUGAAUACGCAGUUUGCACGCCUUCAAUCCUCGCAAUCUUUCCAAAUUCCACCCAGCGUGGCCGCCACACUGCCACCAACCCUGAAUAAGCUUCUUGCGUCAACUUCACAGCACAUCAUCUAUCUUCUUGCUAACGCAAGCACGCAAUUGCUCUGUAUCACUGGUGUCAACAUUCUCAGUGCCAACACAUCUGCUGUUACAGUCACAAUUGUGUUGAAUAUCAGGAAAUUGGUUAGCUUCAUGCUGAGUAUUUGGCUGUUUGGAAACCAGAUGAGCGGACUUAUGAAGGUCGGAGCUAUCAUGGUAUUCGGUGCUGGUGCUUUGUAUGGAUACGAAACUACGUACAGGCUACCGCAGAAGAAGAAGCUACAAGCAGCGAAGGAGAAGAAGGGUCAGCAGCGCGCUGCGAAAGACAGCAAGAAGCCUUCUACAACACCAAACCUACCUUCGGCGGAACUCGUCUCAGAGAAGGCCACCAAGUUUCUCGAAAAGGCCAAGCCUUACAAGCCGCGACAGAAGCAGUCAGAAUGGGACUACAAACUUGCGAUUACGAUUAUGACGGGCCUUGCGUUCAUCACGAGGUUCUGGGGCAUCUCGCACCCUGACCAGGUCGUCUUUGACGAAGUGCACUUCGGCAAGUUCGCUUCAUACUACCUGCAACGAACCUACUUCUUCGAUGUCCAUCCCCCUCUCGGAAAGCUUCUGUUCGCGCUCGCAGGCUGGCUCGUUGGCUACAAGGGCGAGUUUCUCUUCGAGAACAUUGGAGACUCUUACAUUACCAACCACGUUCCCUACGUCGCAUACCGUGCCAUGCCCGCAUCUCUCGGCGCACUUACUGUUCCCAUUGUAUUUCUUAUCAUGUGGGAGUCCGGAUACUCUCUGCCCGCCUGCGUCACAGCUGCUGGCCUCAUGAUCCUCGACAACGCCCACAUCGGCCAGACACGUCUGAUUCUGCUUGAUGCAUCUCUCAUCUUCUUCAUGGCCCUCUCGGUUCUCGCAUACAUUCGAUUCUACAAAUUGCGCCAUGCUCCCUUCAGCCGCAAAUGGUGGAAGUGGCUGCUUUGUACCGGUAUCAGCCUGAGCUGUGUCAUUUCCAUCAAGUAUGUUGGUGUUUUCACCUUCUUCUCGAUUGGUGUACCUGUUUUGAUCGAUCUCUGGGAUUUGAUGGAUGUCAAUCGCCGCCAGGGCGCAUUGUCUCUUCCCGAGUUUGGCAAACAUUUCGCGGCUCGGGUCGUUGGUCUCAUCAUUGUUCCCUUCUUCCUCUACUUGUUUUGGUUCCAGGUCCACUUCACCAUCCUGAGCAAGUCCGGUCCUGGUGACGACUUCAUGACUCCCGAAUUCCAAGAGACUCUGAGCGACAACGUGAUGACUCUUCAGUCUGUUGGUAUCAACUACUACGACACGAUCACUUUGCGUCACAAGGAGACCAAGGUUUAUCUUCACAGCCACACCGACCGCUACCCCCUUCGCUACGAUGAUGGUCGCGUCUCUUCCCAAGGGCAGCAGGUCACCGGAUACCCCCACAAUGAUACCAACAACCACUGGCAGGUCCUUCCUGCAAAGGAACUUUCAAACGAGGCGGCUGGUACGCGAUUCAACGACACCCUGUUUGAGAUUAAGGUCGAGAAGGGCAAGGGUGACUUCAGGACCAUGUCAUCCCACUUCAAGCUUGUUCAUGUGCCAACCAAGGUCGCCAUGUGGACCCACACCAAGCCUCUGCCUGAAUGGGCCUACAAGCAAGCUGAGAUCAAUGGCAACAAGAACGUCCAGCAGUCCAGCAAUGUUUGGUAUGUCGAUGACAUUCCUUCCUUGUCUGCAGACGAUGAGCGCAACAAGAAGGAGGUCAAACAGGUCAAGCAUCUCAGCUUCCUCCGCAAGUGGAUCGAGCUUCAGCGAGCUAUGUUCCACCACAAUAACGCUCUGACAAGCUCUCACCCGUAUGCUUCCCAACCGAUCUCUUGGCCUUUCCUUCUCCGCGGUGUAUCAUUCUGGACCCACAACGACACCCGUGAACAGAUUUACUUCCUAGGCAAUCCAGUCGGAUGGUGGCUUGCCUCUUCGCUCCUUGCUGUUUUUGCCGGCAUCAUCGGCGCUGACCAGCUGGCUCUGCGCCGCGGUAUGGAUGCCCUCGAUGACCGCACCCGCUCUCGCUUGUACAACUCAACCGGGUUCUUUUUCCUUACUUGGGCCGCUCACUACAUUCCGUUCUACAUCAUGGGUCGUCAGUUGUUCCUGCACCACUAUCUUCCAGCUCAUCUUGCGUCGUGUUUGGUCACUGGUGCCCUCGUUGAGUUCAUUUUCUGCAUCGAGCCUCAGGACCCUCUUACACCUAGCACCCCUGCUGAGAAGGGUCACCGCAGGACUCGAUCUCGCCCUGUUCGGGAGCGUGUCGCCACUGCUAGUCAGCUUGGAAGCUGGAUCGCUGCUGGUGUCAUCCUCGCCGCGACUACCUGGUGCUUCCUCUUCUUUGCACCUCUCACCUACGGCAAUCCAGGACUUACAGUCGAGCAAGUCCAGGCCAGAAAAUGGCUCGGCUACGACUUGCACUUCGCUAAAUAA